GCCUGUUCGUGUUUGAGAUCAUAGCUGAGACGAACUUAUCGGCGGCUGCAGCAUGCGGAGAGGGCUUGCCACUCAUAGACACGCAUUCCAUAGCUGAAGAGAGCCAUUCGCUGCCCUGAUUCCUACUCGACAAGAGGACCGUGCCAUCGCAGACCGUGCACGGACAAACAAAAAACACGAUGGCUUACUACGACAGAGACGAGCACUAUCGCAGUCAUGAUGAUUAUGCUCGACCAUCAGACUACGAGGCGCCCGUACACAACAGACAUGACUCCGCCAUGUCAACGCUGACAGCCAAUGGCGAGAAGGGCUAUGGCACCCCUCUUGAGUCGAGACCGCAGUCAGUCUUGCCCGUGUUAGGCGCAGACCAGCAGAGUCUAUCGAGAUCGCAGCGGCUCAAGCGAGGUCUACUCCGACCUGAAGAUGCAACGGGCAAGCGGCGGAAGUGCUCGCCCAUGAGAUGGAUCUGCGCAGCUCUUAUCCUCAUCAUCCUCAUCGUCAUCGGCGUCGUCCUUGCUUUCAUCCUCUACGUUCGUGCGCCCAAUGUGACCGUGCUUGGUAUCGAGCAGCCUGCCAACACCGCCUCCAUCUUCAGCCUCACCUCGGGCGGCUUCGACCUUGACUUCAAUCUCAAGGUCUCCGUGGCCAAUCCCAACUACUUUGGCGCCUUCGUCAACGGUGUGACGGCAAAAGCAUACUACCCGACCAACAAGACCCUGCAAAUCGGUGGCGGUACGCUCGACAAUCUCAAUAUUCCCAGUCGCUCCAAUACGACAUUCGACUUCCCUUUCCUGCUCAACUACACCGGCGCUGAAGAUCCGAACUCCGUCAUCUUGACAGACAUUGCUACAAAGUGCGGCUACAUCGGUAGCAGUACUUCGCAGAUCGAUGUGGACUAUACACUCUUGCUCGACUUGAAAGUGCUCGCCUUCAAGAUCCACCCGACAGUGUCUUCCUCGGCAAGUUUUGACUGCCCUCUCACCAAGGAUCAGCUCGCCAAUGUAGUCAGUCAAGUCGGCGGCAGUAUCCUCGGCGGUCUCGGCUCAGCGCUAGGCAGCCUAUUCGGCGGCGGCAACUGAUAUGCUAUGAUGUAUCUGCUCUGACGACCUGAAAUUGUUCAAGUGUAUGUACAUAAUGCAUCAAUGUGC